UUCUUGACUAACUCCCCAAACUCUGUUCUCUUUGGGCUUCAGAAGGUGUUUAGCAGCUGUACCAGAGCUAACAAUGUAUUCAGGUUCCGUGAGUGUAGAUAAUAUUGCUGGUGUCACUUACAUGAAGCACCAUGGCACAGAGCGUUACUUAGCUUCGGUCACAGAGGUCCAGGAGGAACCUGAACUUUGCAAUGGCUUUUAACCUGAUGUCAGCAAGAACAAAGCUCUGAUUUCCCUGGUUCCUCACAUUUCUUAGGCCAAUAUGUUGGCCCAGCUCUCUGUAGAUCAGUGAUGUAGAUCAGCCUUUUAGUGCUGUGCUUGUGCAGUAUAAAUGUGAGGCCAGUUAACUGGGGUUUUCUUUCUGUAUGACUAGACACAUCUUUGCCAUAGCAGAAAUGGCCUACACACUGUCCCAGUCAUCAGAACAAGAGCAGUGUGUCAUCAUCAGUGGACACAGUGGCUCGGGUAAAACAGAAGCUGCCAAAGCAAUUAUGCGAUACCUGACUAUGCUGUACCAGAGAUCAGACAGUCACAGGAUCAGGCAGCCUUGUAAUGUCCUACCCAUCCUGGAGAGUUUUGGGAAUGCCAGAACCAUCCUCAAUGACAACUCAAGUCGUUUUGGGAAGCUUCUGAACAUCUACCUGCGACAGUGAGUUAAAAGAACAUCAUCACAGGAUGCUGUCCUUCCUAACUGUCCAAGGGGACUUGGGUGAGCAAAGAUCUAGUAGAGCUUAGGGCUCAUGCAAUAGCUUUCCCCCCACUAUAGCCUUGUUAUCAUCAGGGCAGGAGGGUGAGUUUACACCCCUACUUUGCUUUUAGAUUUCCUCCACAAAAAAAUAGAUCUUCACCUCUCGAGAUGGAUGAUAAAUUAAGAACAUCAGACUGUCUGAACUGCUUUAUAUCAAGGAGCUAUGUGAUACAAUAUUGUGCCUCCAGCACUGGCAA